UCAGUUCUCUAAUCUCUGUGUUAGAGAUAAGCAAAUGUUGAACAGAAGCCAAACAGCAAGGUGGUUGUGGGUGCAUGCCUUGGUUAAAUAGGAAAUGUGACCGCUCAAACCUCUCUCGAAGUAUUCGCGUUCACUGAACGGGGAAGGAAUAACAUACAUCUCUGUGGGUACCAAAAAGAGAGCAGAGAAGCUUAUUCACCAAUAAGAGACAAAAGACUAACAAUGGAACCAUCAAAAGAGUUUGUAUUCAAGUACAAAGGGUUUUACUUUGGUGUAAAUACUUCAGUUGAGCAUGUAGCUUCUCUGGAGAAUUUUGAAAUCAAAGACAGUGACAUAUUUAUAGCUACUUAUCCCAAAUCAGGAACUGUGUGGACUCAGAACAUUUUGAGCUUAAUACUUCAUGAAGGCCAUCGAAAUGGAACAGAAGAUAUGGAGCUCAUGGACAGAAUCCCAUGGCUGGAAUACAAUAUAAAAAAUAAGGAUUUUGCAAGUCUUCCUUUGCCUCGUGUUUUUGCCACCCACCUGCCUUACUACUUACUUCCAAGAGACCUGAGAAACAAAAGAGGACGUAUUAUUUAUGUUACCAGGAACCCCAAGGAUGUGGUGGUUUCUUACUACCACUUUUCCAAAUUCAUCACCACACUAGAGGAAGUUCCAGAUUUUAACAUUUUCAUGGAGAGGUUUUUAGCUGGCAAAGUGCUCGCCAGUUCUUGGUUUGAUCAUGUUGCGGGUUGGUAUGGCCAUGCGGAGGAUUUCAAUAUACUCUUCCUUACCUAUGAAGACAUGAAAAAGGAUCUCAGAAGCGCUGUGCUGAAGAUCUGCAACUUCCUAGGCAAGAAGCUGAGUGAAGAGGAAAUAGAAAGUGUUGUGAGACAGGCUAAUUUUGAGAACAUGAAGAAAGAUCCCAGGGCAAAUUACGAGAACCUGCCAGAAGACAUCGCAGACAAAAAAAAGGGUAGAUUUCUACGAAAAGGCACUGUUGGAGACUGGAAAAAUAUGAUGACAGUGGCACAGAGUGAAAGGUUUGAUGAAGUACUUAAUGAGAAAAUUAAGACCCUGCCCGUCAAAAUCACCUGGGAUAUUAACAGUGAAAAGUAGGCUGGUUUUGAAUCUCAUCAUCCUCUGGAGUUUACAGUGGAUGGAUGUACCUGAAGUUCUAGAAUGACAAAAUACAUCAAUUUUCAGCUGUGUUAUAGAAAUAAUACUGUAACAGCUCAUUCGGAAAACAUGACUUGUCUGAGAGAGUUAUUUAAUUUCAUCAGUUUCCUGUUUGUAAUUUUAUGAGGUAUUUCAGGUAAUUUUUCAAAGUAAACUGUGAGUUCCUUUCUUUGUGUUUGCUUUUACUUUCACUGGCUUUAAUAAUACCAAGGUUGUACACAACCAAGUGAAGACAGAUUGGUGUUAAACAUAGUUUUAAAAUGUUAAGAAAAUGUUUCUACUUGUGAAUUUCUUGAGGCUUCUUUUGGUAGAACUUUAAAUGUCUGGACUGGAAAUAACAUUGACCGUCUGUGCUACAGUUCUGGUUUCAUAUGUUUGAGUUUCUAUUAGCUUGGUAAAUACAGAUACCCAACUGUUAGCUGUUAAACUGACCUUUUUGUUGCA